AGUAUUCUUCCCAGCUGUCAACAAUAUUUAUUGUCUAUAGUCUCUUUUUCUUCCGGUUGUCAAGAUGGGUAUCGACAUCAACCACAAACACGACAGGAAAGUUAGGCGCACCGAAGUCAAGUCUCAGGAUGUGUACCUGAGAUUGCUUGUUAAACUAUACAGGUACUUGGCUCGCCGUACAAAUGCCAAGUUCAACCAGAUUAUCCUGCGUAGGCUGUUCAUGAGCCGCAUCAACCGCCCUCCGCUAUCGCUGUCGCGGUUGGCGCGUCACAUGAAGAAGCCUACUCGCGAGGGCAUGAUUGCCGUCGUGGUCGGCAGCAUCACCAACGAUGUGAGGCUCUACAAGGUGCCCAAGCUAACAGUCGCCGCUCUGCACGUCACAGAGAAGGCUCGCGCCCGCAUCUUGGCCGCUGGAGGAGAGAUCCUGACUUUCGAUCAGCUGGCUCUGCGCGCCCCCACUGGCGCCAAGACCGUUCUGCUGCAGGGUCGCCGCAACGCCCGCGAGGCUGUCCGUCACUUCGGCCCCGCGCCGGGAGCUCCGCGCUCGCACACGAAGCCCUACGUGCGCACUAAGGGACACGAACGCGCGCGGCCUAGCCGUCGUUCGAACGUGUAAUCUUUAAAUAUAAGGACUACAAUCUAA